ACCACACCCGUUUGAGUUUUAUGUGAGUUCAGCAACUUGCCUAUCACCAUUUAUAUUUCUGUUACAUCUGCUCUUCCAUUCAACACAGCUACAUACACAUCCACUCUACUCUCUGACUUUGGUAACAGCAAAUGGAUAAUAAAGGGAACAAAAGACCAUAUGAACAUGUUACCCCGUCUACUUCACAUGAAACAACAAAAAGACAAAAACAGCAGUGUCCUAGCCCAGAGAAGAUGGGUGACGUGACACGGAAUAUCAGAUUGGCCAAAUUAAUCAUGACAAAAGUUAAAUAUAAACUCAGAAAUGAAUUUGAAAACAGCUCCACCAAGAAGCUUACUCAAUAUAUCAGGGAAAGUAUUUCAAAAUUGGAUGAAGGCAUAAAAAAAAAAACUACUGUGGGAGUGUUUGGGAAGACUGGAGCUGGAAAGAGCUCACUGAUCAACGCUGUUCUGGGGGAAAGAUACCUGCUGCCAUCAGGAACCAUUUGUGCCUGUACAUCAGUCAUCAUACAGGUGGAAGCCAAUGUGACAGAUGCCAAUUACAUAGCUGUAAUUGAAUUCAUCUCAAAACAGGAGUGGGAAGAUGAACUUGAGACACUUUUGAAAGUUUUAUCUGAAGAUGAUGAGGAGAGGGAGCAUGAAAUCUUCAGUACAGCAAAUGACAAGAUUACAGCACUGUAUGGAGAGGAAGGUGUUUUUAUGACCAAAGAAUACCUCAUGAACGAUGAGCGGUUCUCAGAAAUUCCUGAAUUUCUCGCAUGCCAAACAAAAAAUAUAACAUGCAAGGAUGCCUCAGAGCUCUCGGGUAUAAUUGCUUCUUAUGUUCAGCAUGACGAUUCGAGCCCUGGAGGAUGUUACUGGCCAGUAGUGAGGAGUGUGACCAUCAAGAUUCCAAACUGUAAAGAUUUUCUGGAGCAUGUUAUGUUAGUAGAUCUCCCUGGAACUGGAGACUGCAACAAGAGCAGAGAUCAGAUGUGGAGAUCGAAACUGAGAGAUUGUUCUACAGUGUGGAUUGUAAGUGAAAUAACUCGUGCUGGUUCUGAAAAGGAGGCCUGGGAAAUUCUGUCCACCAGUAUAAGAGACAUGGCACAAGGUGGAGAGUGCAGCAGUAUUUCAUUUAUCUGCACCAAGACUGAUGACAUCAACCCUCAGAGCUACAUGAGAUCUGCUAAGCUCAUAGAUGAAGACUUUCAUAUCACAUCAGAGGACCCUCAGUGUACCAAUAAGAGAAAAAUUGCAUGCAUAAAACACAGAAAUAACAAAGCUAAGGAAAAAGUGAGGAAGAAUUUUAAUCAGCAAGACACAAUAAAGAAACAUUUCAAUUGUGAUGACAAAUUCCUUUCUGUGUUCACCGUGAGUUCUGAAGAAUUCAUCAAAGAAAGUCCACUGUUGAAACCAGAGGAUACAGAGAUCCCUAAACUCAAGAACCUCCUGAGGAUGUACAAUGAUACUCACACAAAUGAAACAGCAAAUCUCUAUGUCUCCGGUGCACUUGGAAUCCUCUCCCUGAUUGAAGGAUUUAAGGACACCGACACUGAUAUGAGAGAGAGAUUCAAUUUGUAUGAGAAGCUAAAAAUAAAUCUUCAGGAUGCAGAUCAACACAUGCAGGAAUAUUACAUGAAUGUUUACCAGUAUCUGAAAGAACAUCUUUCAAAUGGAGCAACAGAAUCUGAAGGAAACUGUAUUGAAAAUGCAAAAACAGUAAUAGUACCGAAAAGAAAGGAUGGUCGUGGAUUUCACAGAACCCUGACGGCAUUGUGCAAGAAUGAUGGAUACUACAGGUCUAAGGCUGGAGAAGCAGAUCUCAAUGGAUGCUUGGUCAAACGCAUGUACAACCACAUUGAUAAAGAAUUCAGUGACUUCUUCUCGGACCUCCAGGGGAAUGUAAUUGAUGUAACUGAGAAGUCACUGCAAGCAAACAUUAACAGGUUUACUAUAAUCACAGAUGACUUGUUGCAUAGCUAUGAAAAUUAUCCAGUGCUGAGCCACAUGUUGAAAUUCCUUAAAACUGAGGAAAAGAACCUGAAAGUGAUGCUUAAACCACAUAUUCUUCAGCGAAAAAAGAAGAUAUAUGCUUCGCUUGCUGAGUCCAUUAAAGCUUCAAUGCAGCCUUGCUAUCAGAGAGCUGCUAAAGAUUUUGGACCGGGCUCAAUGAAAAGGAAGCAGGCUGUCCUGUUAGAGCACAUUGAGUCAUCAAGAAACACAAUGUUCAAGGAAGCACAGGAGCACAUGCUUAAAACAUUUGAUGAUGAGAUGAAUGAAACCUUCAUGGAGAUAAAAGCAAGGCUAAAGGAAGCAAUGGAGCAUUCACUCCGUGAUGUAAACACCUUGCCUCGCAUGGAUGUUUGUGAAGAGAUCCAACAGCUGAAGAAAUUAAUUACUCACAUCGAUGACUAGUUGGCUACAAAAGAAUUAUAUGAAUGUUGUCUGUGCAUCUAAUCAAACUCCACUGGUGCUGACACACCUGCUAGUGUUAUUCUUCAAAUAUGUUGUCUGUAGCCCAAUAUUUUAAUAAGAAAAUAUUUCUGUUCCUUUUAAUUAUGCCCUCAUGAAUUAUUACCUAAAGUUCUGAUAAUCACCUAAUGCUUAAGAUUUUUUAUUAACUAUACAAACGUGUUUGAUUUCUAUUUUGGUAUUACAUCUUUUUGGCCUUUAGAAUGAUAUGUGUAGGUUGACUAUGGUUUGCUUAGUGAAACAUGAUAUCUAUGUUUUGGCACAAUAAUAAGUCAACUGUUGCUCCUAAAUUCCCAGAUUGCUAGUUUUAAAGUUCAAAAUAGACAAUAAAGAUGCAGAUUACAUAAUUAGUUAGAAAAUAGCUGGGUUAAAGAUAACGUGCAUUUGAGACACCAUCCAGAGAUUGUCUGAGGAUGGUACUUUUUCAAGGCCAAUUAUAUAAUUUCCCACCUUUUUUACAUACAGUUAUUUGCAGUUUCCACCAUGAUGUCCAACUUAUACAUUAUUUACCAUUAUGCAAAUUGAUUUUCAAUACCAAUACCAUUUGCAGCUUGGUACCAUUACAAUCCAAGAGAAGACUCUUUAAAAAAAAAGAACAAGCCAACUCAAUUAAGUUAUUUAUGUUUGUAUGACAGAUGUCUGUCAUUAAAGUUAUGUUGGCUUUCUUUAGUUCUUGUUAGUGCACAUUUAUGUUUGGUUUCCUUUCAUUACUUAAAUUAAACGUUUUAGUUGGCGA